GUGUUGUAAUUGUCGUGCGCGCUUGGCUCCCAUCCACAUUUUUUCACACACGAAAUUCGCGUUUGAGCCACCAACACCAACACCACAAGCAGCAACAGGCUUAAAUAUGUGUGCACAAUACGAAGUGUAAAUAAAAGUAAAUAAGCGGAUAGCAAAUCUAUCGUAUCUGCUACACUUCUGUGGCUUUUAAUACGGCUAACAACACAAAAAACUUCAUUCUACAGUUUUGUAUUGCAAAUGAAGUUGGUGUAACCAUGUGUUCAUUAGUGCAAUAAAUAUUAUUAUCAUUGCAGAAGUUGAAAAAGUUAAAAUGACUUUCUACAGUGUGAUGAGACCAUUUGGACCCUGCUUUCUGGGGAUUCUUCUAAUGCUUGGCAGCUGUGAAGAUGCAGUCGGUGUUCUAGGUAAAUCACAAAUGUGCGAAGUGGAAACUGGGCAAACAAACAUUAUACUGGAUAUUGAGGAGAGUCGAGGGAAUUUAAUUGGACAAUCGACAACACCGGCUCAGCUGCCAAUUUAUGGGGAUCCCUCCACGGAAAUAGCGCUCGAUCUAGUUUUUCCGAAGGGACAUCCCACUUUCCAAUUGGAUGGAAAGAGUCUAAAGCUGCUUCAGCCGCUCGAUCGUGAUGAGGAGAACUUAAGUCACAUUGUCUUCCAGGUCUCGUGCACGAUUCGGGAGACGAAUAAGAAGAGAAACAUUCCGCUUAUUGUACGGGUGUCCGACGUCAAUGACAAUGCGCCGCAAUUCAUGAACACGCCGUAUGAGGUCACUGUACCAGAGAGCACUCCUUUGGGCACGACAGUUUUUCGGAAUAUACAGGCGGUCGAUAAGGAUGCCGGCGUUAAUGGUCUAGUUGAGUAUUUUAUAGUUAAGGGCAAUACCAAUACUACCGAGGACGAGAAGUUAACUAGUGCCGAUGGUUACGGAUCUUUUGCCAUAUCAUUUCCCCAUCAGGGACAAGUCACAGUUGCAAAGACUUUGGAUUAUGAAAAGAUACAACGCUAUUAUUUGACAAUUGUCGCAUCGGAUCGAGCGCGAAGUGUUUCCGAGCGAUUGUCUUCGACAGCGACCCUAACUGUAAAUAUAGCCGACUCCGAUGACAUGGAUCCGUCCUUCAUCUAUCGGGGAUGUGCGCUUCUCGAUGGUGCCUGUAUUAAUCCCGAGUAUACGGCAUCGGUUCCGGCAGGAUCGGUGCAAGGAGUGCUCAAUGUGCUGCCUGAGCGAAUACAGGCGGUGGAUUUGGAUACGAUCAGUUCGCGUAUACGAUAUAGUUUUGCCAGUGGAAUGCCUGGCAACUAUGCCGACUACUUUGAGAUCGAUGAGGAGACGGGUGUUUUGAAGCAGAUCAAAGCUGUCGAUACUUCGACGGCGAAACGAUACGAUAUAAUAGUUCGAGCUGAAGAGAUCUCGCCGGCUCCGCGACGCUUCACAACAGCCAAGCUGACGAUUGCUGUGAAGCCCGUAGAUGCAAAUCCACCAGUUAUAUCGUCCUCCGAUAUCGAGGGAUAUGUUGAUGAGAAUUCACCAAUCGGUACGAAAGUUUUGGAUGCGAAUGGCAAACCAAUUACAUUUAGGACAACGGACGAUGACUUGGGUGAGGAUGAUCCGAAGCCCGAGUACAUUUACGAACUGACGACGCCAUCAUUUAAUGUGACAAGCGAUGGCAUUUUGAUUGUCUAUGAGGAGGGCUUGGAUCGGGAUCCGCCAGCGCCGGGACGCUACAAGUUUCAGGUUGUCGCCCGAGAGCCCCGAACAAAUGCGGCAAGUGCUCCUUUGAGUCUAACCGUACAUUUGCGUGAUGUUAACGAUAAUGCUCCUAAACUGGCGAUGGUUGCUCCCAUCUCAAUUUCGGCUGGGGAUCAACACGAGCAGCGACUGGUCACGCAAAUGAUGGCCACCGAUAUUGAUGAGGGACCCAAUGCCGUUGUCACCUACUCCAUUUACCAUGUCUCCAACAAUGGCAUGCAAAAGUUCAAGAUCAACGAGCAGACCGGAGAGAUCGAGACUCAAGGUCGUUUACUCGCUGGCGAACAAUAUAGUAUAACGGUGCAGGCAAGCGAUAUCGGGGGACUCUCAUCCCAGGCCAUUGUGGAGGUGACUGUAACACCUGGACCAAAUACGAAGCCACCACGAUUCACCAAUGUCCUUUAUGAGGUGCAAGUUAGCGAGGGUGCAGAAAUUAAUUCCACAGUCACCGUCGUCCAUGCCGAUGAUCCCGAAAAUGAUCCCGUCAUCUACUCGAUCAUGUCCGGCAACGAUCUCAGGCAAUUCUCGGUGGGCCAACAGAGUGGUGUUAUUAUGGUCAUACGGAAACUGGAUCGUGAGAGUCUAACACGCUACCAACUAAUUGUGAAGGCAGAAGAUAAUGGCGGUCUGUCGAGUACUGCCACAGUCAAUAUUAAAGUCACCGAUAUCAAUGACAAAAAUCCCGAAUUCGAUGAACUCAACCAGCCCUACGUUUUCCACGUGGAUGAGGGUAAGGAUGACGCCUUUGUCGGCAUUGUGCACGCCACAGAUGCGGAUGAGGGUGUAAAUGCGGAGAUUACUUACUCCAUACCAACAGAUAUACCGUUUGCCAUCAACGGAAAAUCGGGUGAGAUUCGCACAUCCAAUGAGCUGGACUAUGAGCGGGUGAAUGAAUACAAAUUUGUGGUGACGGCCAAAGAUGGGGCACCCGAUGCACGGCUGGGUACGGCAAGUGUUACGGUGAUUGUGCACGAUCUGCCGGAUGAGGUGCCCAAGUUCAAUGAUGCCCGCAUUAAUGUGCGAAUACCAGAGAACCAGGCCGACUUCCUUGUGGCCACUGUGCAAGCCCACGAUCCCGACACCAUGCCAGAGAUUACCUAUGUGUUGCGCAAGGGUGAUGAAGAGUUGUUCAAAGUUGCUUCCAAAACGGGCGAAAUACGCACAACGAAGGGUCUGGAUUACGAGAAGGAGCGACAACAUGAGUUGCUCGUGGGCACAAUUGAGAAUGACGGUGAAUCACCUGGUGACACUGUGCGUAUUGUCGUCGAGGUCGAGGAUCGCAACGAUGUACGGCCCGUAUUCAUCACAGUACCGGGUCCGGUGACGGUGAACGAUGAUCAACCCAUUGGAUCGGUGAUAGCGACUAUGCCGGCAAUCGAUGCCGAUGGCACCCCGCCCAACAAUGUGAUUCGAUACGAGCUGGUUGGUCGCGGCAAGGCUCUGAAAUACUUCCAAGUUGAUCCCGAUACGGGUGCAAUACGCAUUCGCGAUGAGUUGCGUAAGCAAGAGGAUACGGAAUAUCAGUUGGAUAUACGAGCCUACGAUAUGGGUGAGCCUCAGCUCAGCUCAGUGGCCAUGCUGCCCGUGUUUGUACGCCAUCUGCUGCUCGAUCCCAGUGAGGAGACUUCAAUCGAAAGCAAGAUGAACACGGACAGUGGACUGAUUGUCAGCUCAGAGACAGUCGGAUUAGCGUUUAGCGAUGACAGCUAUGUCAUCAGUGUGCCAGAAUCAACAGUCGUGAACAGCACUUUGAAGCUCAUUCAAAUCAUCAACUCCAAGAAACCAUCCAAAGGGGCACCCAACUUCAAGUGCGAGUUCAUCCAAGGAAAUGAGCAGGGAGUCUUCGAACUGGGUCUCGAGGAUUACGGCUGCUUGUUGGUCCUCGCCAAGCCAUUGGAUUAUGAAAGUAAAGUCUCAUAUAAUUUGGAGUUACGCUUAGCCUCCCAGCGCUAUUUUGUGAGCCCGCGCAAGGAUCGUACCACAGUCAACAUCAUGGUGCAGGAUGAAAAUGAUAAUCCACCUGAAUUUGUCUUUAAUCGCUUCCAUGGCCAGAAUGAUACGUAUUAUGCCGUAAUCACACCGGAAAUGGACAUUGAUAUGACCAUUUUGCAAGUGAGGGCAACCGAUCGCGAUUCGGGUAAAUUUGGAUCAUUGAGGUACAAGCUCUAUGACGAAGAAGAGCCAAGCAUCAAGGAUGACCAUCUGCCAUCGACAUACUUUAUGCUAACUGAGGAUACAGGUAUUUUACGUACGGCUAAGCUCUUUAAUGAUGCCAAUUUUCCGAUGAUAUUCUACGUGGAGGCCAGUGAUAAUGAUGCCAUCGAACAGGGAUCACAUCAUACAAGGGCACGCAUCGUUAUCAAUAGGUUAAUGGAUGUCAAUCGUAUGGCUCUGGCAUUCACCAAUGCGGCACCCAAUAAGAUACGAAACCAUUAUGCAGCACUGGAGGAGCUGAUCGAGGAGACGACCAAUGGAUUGGUCAGUGGCAUUGAAAGGAUAAGCAAUCGCAAAUACUUAACGAGCAACGGCUCGGUCUUGGAGAAUCCGGAUGCUACCGAUGUGUGGUUUUACCUUAUCGAUCCCAAAUCGGAGACAUUACUAAGUCGCAACGAUAGUGUUGUCCAGGAGACGUUGUUAGAGUCGUCUGUUGCCUCGGCAUUGAACUUGGCAGCUUCGGACUUGGCACAUGCCAAUGCAGAUGGAAUUCACGCACCAAUCCAAGUGAAGGAACAGGUUCACAAGGUCAAAACUGCUAGUAGCAUCGAUGACGAAGUUUUCUCCUUCACGCUUAUUUCCAUAUCUAUCAUUAUACUGGUUCUGGGCACCAUCGGCAUAAUCUAUAUAUGCAUAUCAUGGUCCAAAUAUAAAAAUUUCAAGGAACGCAUUCGUCAUUAUUCGGCACCAAGUCCGACACGCUAUGAUCCUGUGAUAGUCAACUCGCAAGCCUCGAAUGUUGGCGAUGCUGUAGCUAAUUUAAAGGAGUACGAAACACAGAUGCUUGCUAUGGCUGUUCCCCCCGAUGGUGAUGAGGACUUGCAGCUGGAUUUCAGUGCAAAGAAUCACGCCUUUUCCCUAGAUAAUGUCAGCUAUAUAACGCACAAGCAGAAUGGCGCCGGAGAAAUGCAGUCGAGUCCCACGCAAAUGGAUGGCAAUCUGAGCACAAUUUCCACACUUCGCCAUAACAAUCUGAAUAAUCUAGCCAAUAAUAUAAACAACAACAACAAUUUGACGAUGAACAAUCGUCAGAAUACUUUUAAUCGCACACUGGAAAUGAAUUCGCGUAACAAUGCCAAUCCACUUGCCAUUCCGGCGAACUGUACGCCCGGCACAUUAACAUUGGGGCGUAUUAAGCACCAUAAUAGCAAUAACUAUCUGAACGAUAGCUACAAAUAUGAUGCAUCGAGCCGAAAUAAUUUGGCCAAUGCCAGUGCCCAAAACAAUGGAUUUAGCACGAUGGGCAGGCGUGGCAACACCUUUGGCGGAAUGGCAUCCUUGAACGGUGCUGGAGAGCUCAUGACCAACACUCUUGGUCGCAAUAACCAGCAGAAUAAUCGUCUAAAUGCUGACGAACUGCCCAUUGCCAAUCCGUUGUUCCAAAGAUCUAAUGGUGAUAGUCAUAAUCACAAUAUGAGUUUUACCAACGAAAAUGUGAUUUUUGCCAAGCGAGACUACGGCCAAAUGAGCUUCUCCUAUUUGAAUGACUUGGAUCGAUCGGAGGUGGAGACGACAACGGAGCUAUGAAGGAUUAACUACUUACAAUUUAGUAUGAAAUUUUGAUGUAUUUAUUAAUGUUGUAUUUAUCUGUACAUACGAUUUGUACGAGUAAGCAAUUCUCGAUUAAGGCAUUUAAGUAGUUAUAAAUUCUCGAAAAUUGCUCUUAGAUUAUUUGAAGUAAUGUGCAGAUGCCAUUAUAAUGAGAAUGUAAUUCCAACAAGCUGUAAAUAUAAUAAGCUGAUAAGAUUUAAUUAUUUUUUGUACAUAAGCAGUAAGCAACUGCAGUCAUUAGUUUCGUAUAAGUAGUGGCAUUUUAAAAACACAUUGGGUAUAUACAAAUAAAUAUAUACAUAUUAUGUACUAAGAAAAAUGAGUUUAUUUAGGAUCAUAAGUUUUGCAGGCCAUAAAUAUAUCUUUGAUAUCAAAUUGAACUGAAGAAAAUGCCUGUAAGCAAUUUAUAUGUAUCUACUUUUAUAAGUAGUUAAAUAUGUUGAACAA